GGCUUCUGUUCCAACCUCGUCUUCAUCGCGACCGAGGCGAUCAGCGCAGAUAGCACCCUUGGCUGUUUCUCGCCAUGCCACCGAGACCCGGUACCAUUCAUCGAUUGGUCCCAGCCCGGCCAGCCCAGCACGCUUCUGAAUGACACCGGCCCACGCCUGGCCUUUGACGCACCGCAUCCCUGUUUUGCUCUUGCGUUAGGUGAUUUGCUAAUAUCUUCCAGCUGCACCCCGCCCGCGGACCCAUGCCCGAGCCCCUGCAGCCUUCUUUUUUCCAUGUCGCGGCAUCUGGCUCCGAUCCCCGACCAAGCGAGUCUGCAUGUCAAAGAGAAGACGCCGCUGUUGCGCCGCAGUCAUCAUCAUUGACGCUGCGGAAACUUGCUAUGAGCCAUCGGAUGGGUGCAACGGCUUCUGAUCCCUCUUCACCCACGAUUCAAGCCAUCGGCGAUAGCCAUCAUGGAGCAGAAACGCACCCGCUUCACAGCGUCUUACCUUCGCCAGCCUUAACCAAUGCGCUGAAGGAGAGUCUCAGGACGGCUGGCGCCGGCCAAUCCGGUCCCCCCAUCGGAGUCCCCAAUGGCCUCCAUUUCGACUCGCCGUAUUCGCGCAGCAUAUCCUCAACGGCCCCGGGUUCGCCACGGAUUCCUCCGGUCAGGCAAAACUCUGGAAGCCACACGCCGAGGAUCCGCCCGCAUGCGACAACGCUCAACAUCCCAGGGAUGACGCGCUCCAGAGCAUCUCCCGAUGGCCGCAUUCCGGACAGAGACGUGGCCGCCAAGUUGGUCAUCAUUAUGGUCGGCCUACCAGCCCGAGGCAAAUCCUACAUCACGAAGAAGAUUCAGCGCUACUUGUCAUGGCAACAGCACAAUACCAAGAUCUUCAAUGUGGGCAACCGCCGACGCAUUGCCGCCGGCAUGGUCAACCCGACCGAUGCGUCUCCGACUAAUGCCGCCAACGGGCACGACGUGCCGAGCCAGGCCGCCACCAUCCUGUCCAAGGGCACGAAGGGCCCGGAUAUAGUUGUUGAGGAACCGACAGCGCUUGAUCUCAACAAGGGCAAGCCCGUCCCCAAAAUGGAUCAGUCCGCUGCAUUUUUCGAUCCGAAGAACGAAGCCGCGGCCAAGCUCCGCGAGCAGGUGGCGCUCGACACCCUCGACGAGCUUCUCACCUACCUGCUCCACCAAGGUGGCGCUGUGGGCAUUCUGGAUGCAACCAACAGCACCAUUCAACGGCGGAAGCUUCUUGUAGAGCGUAUCAAGGCACGGGAGCCGAAGUUGGGCAUCCUCUUCAUUGAGAGCGUAUGUCACGAUCAGAAUCUCCUGGAGGCAAACAUGCGUCUCAAGCUCUUUGGUCCAGAUUACAAGGAUCAAGACCCGCACAUGGCCCUGGAGGAUUUCAAGAAACGAGUGGCGGCAUACGAGAGCGCUUAUGAACCGCUCGGUAAGUGGGAGGAGGAUAAUGACCUGCAAUACAUUCAGAUGAUCGACGUGGGCCGGAAGAUCAUCCAGCACCGACUCCGGGGCUUCCUGAGCGGCGGUAUUGUCUCGUACCUUACCACGUUCAACCUAUCCCCCAGGCAAAUCUGGAUCACACGCCACGGUCAGAGCGAGGAUAACAGGGCGCAUAGGCUCGGCGGUGACUCAGAGCUGACGGAGCGCGGUCACUAUUACGGCCAAGCUCUGUACAACUUUAUCACCUAUAAACGCAAGGAGUGGCUCAUUCAGCAGAAGAACAAGAUCGCAUCGUCCAACUUUCCGCCGCAGCCAGGUGACAACACGCCACCCUAUCCGGAGCUGUUUCAGGAGCUAGACGACAAGAAUUUCUGCGUCUGGACUUCGAUGCUCAAGCGCAGUAUCGAGACGGCGGAAUACUUCGAGGCGGAUGACGACUACGAUGUCAAGGCUUGGGAGAUGCUGAACGAGAUGAACGCGGGCGCAUUCGAGGGCAUGACAUACGAGGAGAUUGCCGAGAAGUAUCCAGAGGAGUUUGAGAAACGAGCCAGGGAUAAGCUCCAGUAUAUCUACCCCGGUUUGGGUGGCGAAGGCUACCUGCAAAUCAUCAGCAGGCUCCGGGAUAUGGUGCGCGAGAUUGAGCGCAUCACGGACCACGUCCUCAUCAUUGGGCACCGGUCCGUCUGCCGCGUCUUGAUGGCCUAUUUCAUGGAUCUCACGAGAGACGACAUUGCAGAUCUCGACAUGCCGCUUGGCAUGUUGUACGCCAUCGAACCUAAGCCGUACGGCAUCGAGUUCCACGCGUACAAAUACAACGAGGAGACGUUUUGGUUUGAUGAGUUGCCCAACUACAAGCCGCGGAAGACGGUUGACAGGAACUCGUGAGCGAUCGCUGGUACGACGCCCUUUACGAAUACACAAUCUUGACACGGGGUGAAUGGGACAUUCGGCGUUGGCGGUCACUCACAACGGUUG